CUCGACGACUUCUACGACGUCGGCGCGGAAUUGGGGUCCGGCGCGUUCGCGUCCGUCCACGAGGCGACGCACCGGGCCUCCAAGGACCGCGUCGCCGUCAAGCACAUCGAGAAGGGCGACAAGGACGACGACGAGGCCAAGGACCACCGCGAGAUGUGCCGCCGGGAGAUCGCGGUCAUGCGCCUCGCGAGCCACAAGCACGUGCUCCCGCUCAUCGAGGUCUUCGAGGACCGCGACCGCAUCCACAUCGUCCUGCCCUACCGCCUCGGGAACCUGCGCCAGCGCCUCGAGCGCACGCGGGCCUACGGCGAGCUCAGCGCGCUCCGCGUCUGCCAGCGCGUCUUCGACGCCGUCGCCUACCUGCACCAGCUGGGCAUCGCGCACCGCGACCUCAAGGCGGAGAACAUCUUAUGCGACGACGACGAGUCCUACAACUCGAUCCAGGUCGCGGACUUUGGCAUCGCCCAGGUGCUGCGCCCGGAGGAGGACCUCGAGGACUGCCGGGGCACGAUCGAGUACUGCGCGCCGGAGGUGUUCCUCCGCCAGGGCUGCGGCUUCCCCGCGGACGUCUGGUCCGUGGGCUGCAUCGGCUUCUACGUGCUCUUCGGGUCGUUGCCCUUCCAGGGCGACCGCAAGGCCGAGACCAUCGGCUACAUCCUCGAGGGCGAGAUCCAGAACUCCGACUGGGACGCGGUCGACGACGUCGUCCAGGACCUCUUCACGGACCGCGUGCUCGUCGUCGACGUCGAGAAGCGCAUCACGGCCCAGGACGCGCUGGCCCACGCCUGGAUCAGCCCCCUCAUGGAGCGCAGCUCCACGGUCACGUCGCGGGACCACCCGGCCGUCACGGGGUCCUGGUUCCCGUCGGACCUCAUCCUCCCGAAGAACGACCUCAUGUAA